AUUAAAUUAAUUGAAUCAUGGAUAGUAACAUGGAACCUUGGUCCUUUGCCCUCAAUUUCGAUGACAGCGAUAAAUCGUCGGAUAACGAGAGCCACUCUUCGACCAGAUCCUCGAGCCGCUCCAGUGACACCAGCAUAGACACCAGCUCCGUGGAGAAGGAGCCAGCUAGCGUAAUUGAGAGCCAGUCUGUCCCUGGCGGAAGCUACGAUAUUAUCUCCAAGACCAACAUGCUGCAAUUUGUGCAGAAAAUCGAUGCAAAUUCAUCGCUGGACGAUCAAGGUUGCGAUAUGAUGGCCAGAAUAGCCGAUGCCUUUGUUAACGACAUAUCCAUGCGCAUAGUUAAGUUGGCCAAGUAUCGAAAGAGCGACGUUAGCGUGCUGGACCUGAAGUUCAUCCUCAAGCGGGAGUUCAACAUGGAGUUCCCAAUUGAAUAAAUGUCCAAUAAAGGGAAAAAUAAUGUAGAAUUUGAAAAUUGUGGAAUGAAUAAAAUGUAUGAAUAACUUGGUUUAAAACUGUCAGAAAGGCAACAAGAAUAAUUGUUUUCUGCACCUAAUUACCAAUGUUAACCAGUGCAAUUACUUUUUGGUCAAU